AUGAUACCCCAAAGGUAAUCCAGCCGUCGUGGUUUAAGGUGUAGGGCGUAUGUUCCACAGCAGGUUGAGAACAGAGACGGCGACUUGCGCGUGAAUCAGUUUGAGGUGAUAGUAGGCUUGCGCCAUCUUUAAAGCGCUCUAUCGUCCACUGGCAUCUGGGUCUGGCAUCACGACAGACCCAAGGUGAUCGGAGUAGCGGGAGGGCGCAGGUGGCUCGCACGACAAAAAUCCGCAUUUAGGCGUACCACCACACCUUCUGGUCAACAGCACACACUGAACAGAAUAUAAGGAUGGCUCGGCCCUCAAUGGGCGUGGAGUGAGCCAGCACUUCGGCAGUCGCCAGACCCCAGUUUUGACUGCGCAUUCUAGAUAAAGCUUUUCGGACUCCCAUCCUAAUAAUGUACUGGUGCAGCGUAUCAACCUAGUGGCCCGUUUUAGGGGCACGAUCAUCCACCUCAUCUCCCAACAUAACACAUAACCAACUAUUCUUCCAGGAUUCAAGACGGAUCGGUCAAAUUUAGUAUGCUUAAAGUAAAGUAAUAUCACUCCUGCCACUCAGCUCAUUCUAUCCGCGGCCGCAAUACAAUUUUAAUCCUGGAAUGAUCUCCCUGACCUGGUUAGUGAGCUCGCCUUAUGCAUUGGAAUAUUCUACCUUCGGGUUUUUAAUGCAAGCUUGUCUAGCUUGCUGUAGUGCUCAGCCCAUCCUCCAAUCAUUUCCUCCUCUGGAUCCUACAAAUCUUUUCCCAGAGCGUGCGGUUUCAAUCACACAAUUUUUUCACAUUAUGCGACAUAAGUAUGCAGCCCUUUUUCUCAGUACUUGACCAAUCACUAGAUGGCCUAGCUUCUUAUAUUUACAGAUAAGCAGUUCAUCCACUUACGUUUUUCGUUAUAAAUGUCAGGUAUUUACUUUUUAUAAACUCCUAAAACCACGCGCCUCUUGUUCAAAAGCAGGAAAACUGAAGUGUGAUUGCCGCACGCCACCAAAUGAGCAAUUAUGCAUUUUAUGGAGGCGUCUUCUGAAAAAUCUUCGGACAGUUUGUGGGGCUGAAUUUGGAACACGAAACACAAAUCUGGAGGUUGUGGGUUGUCCAGGACCAAAAAAGCCCUAAAAGGGCCCAAACAACAGCUCAGGGAAUGGCUAGAGGUUAAAAUCCCUAUCUCAACGCAACUUGCCGGAAAAACCUGAACUGUGCGAGAACCUCUUAUAUGCAUUUCGCGCUGUCAAGUGGUUGAGUUGAGGCGUGGACUUUAGGGACCAUUCGUAUUUGCUACUACAACCAUACUCCGAGGUCAUCAAUAAGAACUGUACGUUCAUCAUUUAAGGGUGUGUGUGUGUUCUCCUUCUCAAUUAAAACGGCCAGACCAAUGUGAUAAAUGGUCAGGAGUGUAAGUCUGCCAGCUCAAAAUUUAUAAACCCCCGUGCACAUUGGGAGGAUAGCUCAGGAUUGGGCGGCAUCUUGUGACGGCCUCUUGCAUAGAUUGACGAAAACCGAGGCAAACCGCUUGCGAAGGUAUCAAUAUGAAAUCCUUUAGACGGAAAAGGAUGAGAGAAGGAAGCACAAUAAGGUAAAAUCAAAUUAGAAAAUAGAGUUAGAGUGAUCUAAAUGAAUUCACAUAGAAGAGCUAGGGUACGAGUCGCUCAUAUUUUACUGGACUGAAACUCGGGCGCAAAAGCAAAACGUAACUUGAAAGAUUAAAGUUCAUACGUGUAAGGAUAUAGUCUCGGGGACUUUUUACACCUAACUAAUUUCGUUAAAUCCACCUUCUCAUUUUAAUCUCUUUUUCGCUCUUGCAAAAACUCGCUAGAUUUACAAAUAAUUAUCUGUACAAAAGUGGGGUCAGGCCUUUGCAAAAUUAUUUAUUUUCCCGUAUUUUUCCCACAGAUUACUCUAAACCGGUCGGAUACACUACCUUCGAUGAUGGUAAGAAAGAGAACGCCUGAAUUAACACAGCCCUAGAAAUUCCGUGAUCUUCUUCCCUCCGUUGUUAACUUAGUUAAUAGUAGCAUCGGUGUCGGCAUGCUGGCUAUGCCCUAUUGUUUCCACCAGGUAUAUAUAUUUUUAAUACCUCAACCGUUGUCUAGUGUGGUAUCAUUCUUGCACUGGUUGUUCUUGUGUUUUCUGGGUUUUUCACAAUUUUUGCCAGUGAAUCGGUGCUGCGGGCUGGCCUUUUCUUUCACUGCUCAUCGUUUGAGGACUCCGGUUAGCUAGUGCACAUUUACAUUGAACAAUUCUUAAUUUUUAGCCUAUAAGUCUCAUGGAAUUUUCGGCAAACGACUUGUCGGACUCAGGUACUUACUGCGACGUCAGGUUUUCAGUUUUUCAGCCUCAUAGGCUUGUUGUUUGGAAUGCUUGUCGGCUUCAACGUCUCUAUUAGCGAUAUGGGUAGCGAUGUUCUCGCAACGGUAUUUGAGACAAAGGUAUUUUCACUAACCCAUUUCUACAUCUUAAAAUAUUGUUUCUAAAAUUGGCUGUGUAUCUCUGGCUUUUUUUCACUGUCACGUUUUUACUGGCGUGAUAUAUGCCACUGUUCGUGACGUUAACUUUUGUAAAAACUUCUCAAAGUGUGUUCGUUGUCUCCCAAUCUGUGUAUUUUCGCCAGCCUUUACCACACAGAGAACGCCUUUUUCAGCUCAACUGGGUAUACUAUUCGGCUCACUCAUAGGUUCUUGUCGAGUUUCUUGGCCUCUGUGUCGAAGGACUCAUCAACCUUACUAUAUUGGGCACUUCAUUAGACUCAUUGUUACAUUCUAAGACGACUACACUUAGACAGUCAAAAAGUUAAAUGAAUAAACUUCCUUAUCUGAAAGAUCGUAAUAUGGUCAUGCAUUUUGUUCGGGAAAGAUUGAGCUGGGAAUGUUUACAUCGGCGAAUUCUGAAAUUGUUCUAAAACAAGUGCAUUUUAUUCUUGACCAAAUCAAAAAUAGCAGAACUCAACUAGUUGAAAGUUAUCGGUCCUCCCAUACACAUCCUUUCAGUUUCUCUGAGAAAACAUGGAACAGGUGUAGCAAUUACGAUAAACUUAACUAUGACACCAGUUAUGCGCUGUCAUUCCUUUCUUAGUUGGCCAAUCGGAGGUUAAAGGUCGGAAUUUUUGCAUAGAUUUAAUGUUUCCUGGUUAAUUGAGGGGGAUUCGAAAUCUGAAAAGGUACAAAACAAGGCGAGACUAAACCAUGGCCAGCUUAUUUCUUCAGGUGCACCUCUGCGUCAGAAACGUCGGCCGCCUUGUUUCAUCUCAUGGGUUUGGUGUUAACCACGUCUGGCACUGUUUCAGAAGAGAUAACUGCGGCAGAGAAACAGAUGAGUUACUCCGGAUGCGAAUGUCGAGUACGCAUCAGCAGAAUGCUGCCGACUAUUGGGUCGUGAAUAUUUCGACCCGACCUAGUCAACGACGUCCGUGGCAAGCUACUUGGGUUUCGAAUUUCCCGUCCACAUCUCAUUAGCAAACACGAUGAUAUCCUCUAUUUGCACUCAUCGGUCAGACUUUGGCUGGGCUGAGGGAUCAACUACGCAGGGAUCGCAUGAGCGAGCACUGCCUUCUGUAACCGCACUACUGAGACUAAUUUGCAACACCGUUGGUGAAACCGCGGCCAAUAAGACUCAGAUGCAGGCAACCAAAAAAUUAACGCAUAGCCAUCAGCAAUGAGUGUGGUUGUGAUUCCCACCUGGGCCCUCUGUUGUGGUCCCUGAUAGUGUGUUCAAUGGGGAGUCUGAAACGUCGGGUCGACUUAUUUUCUUUUUUCGCCGCUCGAGUCUUCUUGUACGCACUUUCCAAUAACUAACCUAUUCUUUUAUAUCAGGAACUUCUAAACGUGUUUCUUUGUACUGAAUCACAGUGCUUACCUAGUGGGAGGCGGCUGUGAUAAAAAAAUCUGAGAUGGGCACGCCAACACUUGAUUCACAAAAGCGACGAAAUUAGUAGCAAGAAGAUCGGCAAGAUAGGCGCGGUUGUUUGCUCCCUGGGCCAGAAGCAGUUGGCUGAAACACCUAGCAGUCUAGUCGUGCUUGAGUGGUCGUCACUGUUGCGAACUUUCUGGACUCCGUCGCCGCUAUGUCACACACCCAAACCAUGGAACGUAACGACGGAAACCAAUAUAAUGAUUUUUUCUGGGGAUAUGGAGACCUGGAUUGUGUACAGGCCGACUGACUACUCUUCCAAAGAAGCAUUUUUGUAAUUAAUGAAGCGCAAACUUCCAAAAGUUCAGACUUUACGCUAAGACUAGGUGCUUGAUUCUAGAUCCGAUAGCCUGUAAUUCAUUUUUUUAUGUUGGAUACUUUCUAGUGGCAUUUUUUGUUUCGGUCCUAGGCUAAAGUGUUUCUGUUUCUUGAAUGUCUGCAUGUCUUUUUAUUGUGUUUUCUUUCUGCCUUUCGUCCACAUUUGGUCUUAACCUUUUCCUUAUUGCUGUGACACUACUUUAGCCGACCAUAUUCUACCGGCGUCUCUUUCUGAUCGCAACCUUGUGCGUCGUCCUUCCACUCUGUCUUCUGCGUAGAGUGGAGCUCAUCAGCUGGGCUAGCUCGGUCGCCGUCCUGAUAUACUUGGUCUUCCUCACGCACGUAAGCUGCAUUUUAUGGUGUGUGUUGUUGUUUUCUCUAUCCGGACCUUGUCGCCACUUUAAAAGGUUCAGGGCGUCUCCUGCCUUCUUCUAAGGAGUAAUAAAAGAUGCAUAGGAUCCUCUUCCGACAAUUGGACCUUUUUGAUAGACUGGAAGGCUUCUCCACAGGACUUGUUUCGUGAAAGAUAAAGAAAGCAGAUUAUUUAUCGCGCGAAAUAAAACUAUUGUUAAAGUGAUCUGACAAAAACAUGUUCGGCUGUUGCAAGCGACGAGGGCCAUUGUUGUGUGAGAACUUGCUCAUCCUGAAGCCUCUGCCUAAUGCUUGCCAACGUAAGGCUAACCUGAUGGGUGUUACUCCUGGCUUCUGACCCUGGCCCUCUUACCAUGCCGCGAUAAAUCUGCAGAUUCUGCAAACAUUCCCAUGUUACGCUUAAACAGUCCACCGGAAAAGCUGCCGGUGGUGGGUCUACGGCAACGGUAGCGUUUUGUGCUUUGGGUGUGAGGCAGCCGUAUUAACGCUCCAGGUGUCCAGGCGGGCACCAAGGAGGUAGUCUUUCCAAGCGCAUCCUCGAGUAGAGCCUACGAAGGUAAGCAACAUCAAAAUCAGCAGAGAAGACGCACCUAUUGAAUGCCACAUCUCCUCCAGACUCCUAUGCUCUCUCGCUUUAUUUUAUAGCUAGUCUUUGCCUGUGGACUUCCUAAGCUCUUCACUGGAAAUCCGCUGAGGCAUGUGCGCUGGUGGAGGUUAGAUGGUCUGGUUCACUGUCUUCCCGUGAUCGCCAGCUCCCUCUGUUGCCAAGUGUAAGUUUCCUGUUCAUUGCCUAGAAUUUUUGUCUUCCAAAGCAUGCAUCCUUGUUCUUUAGUUGUGUGUGUGUAUGUCUGCCCAGUUCUACGCUUACUGCUGAAACACGUUUACGCCCACACACACGCGCGCGUUAAUUCAGGCCCUCUGCACUGGCUGUAGAACAAUUCAAUCCUCACUUAUCGUCUCGACAAGUUACACCACGAAAUCUUCAGCCGAACUGCGGUGAGUGGCACACUUUAGCCGAACGGAGCCUACCUGCUGGCCGACCAAACCUCCAAACGGACUACCUCGGCGUAUCUGUAGACCGUGUAGACGGAACGGAAUUGCACUGAUGACGUUUCGAUAUUAACGGACUCUAGCGUGUUGUGUCUCAGAGAGGCAAUCAGAGUGAGCCUGAAAAAUAUCUCCUCCAAGAGGGGCUCCACCGACGGUGCUCAUGAGGCUGCCGUUGCCCCCCCCCCCCCCCGUUUUCGGAGCACGCCACUCCAUGGGGAUUUUUUACGCUCCGUUCGGCGGCGUUGCCAGUCAGACAGGACAUGAAAAUACUCCACUUGCGGUCAGUUUGAGUACUUACUUGUACUUGAUACGGCUGCGAUCGUGCCUGAUCUAGCCCCGGCCUCGAUGAUGUCCCGAACUGUACUUCUCCACGCGUGACGAUCCGCGGCAGCAUAUCCGGACAGCUCAAACCAUUCCCUUCGUAAAGGACGCAGACCGAAUACCGAAGGUCCAAGAACCACCUCCAUGUCUUGAUGAACUGUGUCGAGCCCGGUUUUGAACUGACGCCUCCAAUGGGGCAACGGUGCCGGAUCGAGGGCAGUACCACUGAGCUCCCGAGGCAAACGACGAGGAACCUGCCCGAACCACCACAGUCGUCUUUCUUGAAUGGCCUGGGUUAUCCUUGCGAUGUUGUCGCGGCUAGCGCGGACUGUCUCAUUUGAGACGAAGUCGGUGAACUUCACUCGCAGAAUGGUCCUCAAGCAGUGGUUGUCAAAUACCUCCACUUCUCGCUCGUCCUCCACGCGCAUAGCCUAGCAUUCACAAGUCAGCUUGAGUGUGCCUGACUGAUGAUAACAAGUAGGCCAGAAACGGACAGUUUGCAUGUAGCAUGGAUGGACAGAAACUCACGCCGUCUGGCGCCACUUCCCGCUAAUGUGCACGAACCAUGACCAUUUGGUGUUUUUUUAAAUCGGCUGCACGGAGACUUGUCAAGUAGCGGUUGCGUGGGGCGGUUUCUUGGAGGUAUGGUUCCCUCCAUACAGUCCCUCCGACACAUCGGCUGGGAUGGCAGACAACAUUCGCUACGCCGUUGCCCGGACCGCUGUUGCCUACCCACCAGAAUCAGAGCCUACUUAUUUUGCAGCCAAUCCCCUUCCCACUAUUUGUCACCUGUGGCGCGUCGGAUAACCCUCGGCUAGGCCGACAAUCUUCUCGGGUCUCUGCUCUACUUUUCCUCCAGCUUGCGUGUAUUUUGGACUUUCCGAAUCCUCGACUACAUUAACUGCUAGAAAGGAAUUACAGUCUAGGUUUUGUCAUGGUUACCUUGUGUUUCCAAUUACUUUUUAGGCAGGUGCACGUCAUAUACAACAGUCUGCGUGACCAAACCCACGGCAAUAUGCGCAAGGCACUCACGUACGCUGUCACUUUCGUGAUAUCGGCCUAUGCCCUCGUGAGCACUUUCCUUUGCCUUAAAGAAGACUUCAUUUCUUGACGAUACUGAUGAUGCCCCUGACAAGCUAAUUGCAGAGGUAGUAUUCCUUGUAAUCCUUAGCUCUAGCAAGUAGCAGUCUUUUUUCACUGGGAGCCACAGGAAGUAGGAUUACUUCACUGUCAGAUCAUUUUUGUCGCUCAGUGGUGUCUGACCGCGAUUUCCAUAUUUCACGCCGGGUGCUAACGCCAGCAAACCGUUCAAUGUGUGGAAAGAGACUGAAAAUAUGCCUCUGCCUGUAACCCUUCAAAUAUACACGAUAGUUCGACCGUCGUUGUCGACGAUGUCCACCGUGGGCUCUACAACGAGCUGAAGCAGGCAAGGUGACUUGCGUGAGAAUUAGUCUAUAGUGAUGGUGGACUUGUGAAGCAUCUACCUCACUCUCUCCUCCCCCACCUGGGUCCGGUGUCAAGACGUAGUCAAGAAGACCGGAGGCGGAGAGCUCAUAGAUGGCUGGCGCGACCGAACCUGCACCUAGGCGUACCAUCACACCCACAACAAACAUUUGACCAGGAUUUUAACCAACAAAAAAAUAAACGGGUCAGAAAGACGAGGAUGGCUCGGCAACCGUGCACACGACCUGUAUAUUCAGCGGGAGCGCAGGUGCAUCUACCGGCAGGGAACCAGAUGCCAGAAAACAGCCAGCGCAUACCAGGCUGGGAGGGCCAUGGUUUGCUGAUCCCGGCAUAGCACUUUACGAGAUAACGAACCGAUCAUAAUCAUCAUGGGCACCAACACCAGGCUGCGAGAGCCCUGGCUUGCUGAAUCAGGGCAUUACAGACGCACACCAUCCCCAAGGCCCAGUGUAUAUAAAUAUAAACAUCCCAGAAAUAGAACCACUCUGUUGUCAGCACUGUCUCACGUGGUCCGCUUCGUGACAAACCACUCACUCAGCAGUCGAACGGCGGUUAGCAACUACUGGCGCUCAUAAGUGUACAGUGCGCUUCAUUCUGACUACGCAUUAUAAGCUUGUGGCUCAUGAAUCGCUCCCAUGAGGUCAUGUUCAGCUGCCGUCUCGGUAGACCCUCUCAAACACGUCAACAGCCGGCAACGACGCUGCUUAAAUGCCAAAAGGGUCACCAACUUCUGUCAUGAUCUGGCCCUCUGUGUGCAACUAGUGCCACUGAUAAGUGUGUUAUGUAGUUGAGGUACCCCGACGACCUUACGGUAAGCACGCAUAUAAAGGGGUUAACCCCCCUCUCCCAUCUGAAGCUCGAAGCUGACAGUCAGGUUCCGCAGAGGCUCGAUCGCGGAACCGUGAGAUCUCUCCGCCUGUUGUGUCGGACCCACACGCCCACUGUCAGAAGCAGACGAGGGGUGCAAGAAAUCGCGAAUUUGUAUGCUACAUUCUUGGAACUACCGUAUGAUUUACAAGCCAUAAUUAAGUUCCCUACCGCAGAAUACUCAUGAUCUGUUAGCCAGUUUUAAUCCAAGACAUAAAUGUGAGUGCCAGCCCACAGCGUCAAGACUGAAUGACGCACCCAACUGAUGAUGAUGCUGAUGACGACGAUAGUAGUAGUAGUAGUAGUAGUAGUAGUAGUAGUAGUAGUAGUAGUAGUUGCAGUAGUAGUGGUAGCAGUAGCAGUAGUAGUAGCAGUAGUAGUUGUAGUAGUAGUAGUAGUAGUAGUAGUAGUAGUAGUAGUAGUAGUAGUAGUAGUUGCAGUAGUAGUGGUAGCAGUAGCAGUAGUAGUAGCAGUAGUAGUUGUAGUAGUAGUAGUAGUAGUACUAGCAGUAGCAGUAGUAGUAGUAGUAGUCCACGCUAAGCCCCCUCUCUUUGUUUUGCGCACAGGCUGGACUGUUCGGAUACCUGGCCUUUAUCGAGGUGGAGGAGGAGGACGCCGGGGAGGGCGGCACCUUGGCUGGCAACAUGCUUACCAUGUACCCUGAGAACUUCGUCAGCGCACUCGUUCGUCUCGGUUUCCUCUACACCGUGACGGCCUCCUUCCCACUCAUGCUUUUCCCUCUGCGCAGCGCCCUCAACAGCCUGCUGUUUGAGGAGGUAGGUCUGUCCUCUCCAUAACUACUACUACCACUACUAUUUCCAAUACUAAUACCACUGCUACUGCUACCACUGCCACCACUACUACCACUGCUACUACUACUUACACUGGUACUACUGCUACUGCCACCACCGUUAAUACCACCACCACUACUAUUGCUCAUCUGACCUUCCGGAUUCGCACUCAAGUACAUCAUGAAAGAGGACUGCAGGUAGGGGGGCCUGGAGCACAUAGUAAGUUGUCCUUACUACCAACACUACCAUUGCUACUGCUAUUACUGUUACUACUACUACGACUACCGCUACUAUUUCCACUACUACCACCACUGCUACUACUGCCACUACCACUGCUACAACCAGGUCCACUACUACUACUACUGCCACCGCCACUAUCAAUACCACUGCUUCCACCACUGCUACUACUAUUACUGCUACUACUACUACUACCGCUGCUACUCCUACUACCACUGUUACCACUAAUACUGCCGCCACCACCACUGCUACUGCUACUACUGCCCAUCUGACGUUUCGGAUUCGCACUCGAGUACAUCAUCAAAGAGGACUGCGGCUAAGGGUGCCUGGAGCAUACGGCAAGUCUGUCCUUACUACUACUACUACUACUUCUACUACUACUACCACUACUAAUACUACUGCCACUGCUACUAGUUUCACUACUACUACUACUACUGCUACUACUGCCACCACUACUACCACUGCUAAUACUACUUACACUAGUACUACUGAUACUACCACCACUACUAUUGUUACUGCCACCACCGCUAAUACCACCACCACUACUACUGCUCAUUUAAAGUUCCGGAUUCGCACUCGAAUACAUCAUCAAAGAGGACUGCAAAUAGGGAGGCCUGGGGAAUACGGUAAGUUGUCCUUACUACUACUACUACUACUACUACUACUACUACUACUACUAUUACCACUGCUACUACUACCAAUACUAUUACCGCUACUAUUUCCACUACUACUACCACUGUUACUGCUACUACUGCCACCACCACUACCAUUGCUACUACUAUUUAUACCAGUACUAAUGUUACUGUCACCACUACUAUUGCUACAACUACCACCAUCGCCACUACUGCUCAUCUAACGUUUCGGAUUCGCGCUCGAAUACAUCACCAGAUAGAACUGCAAGUAAGGGUGUUGCAUUACACAGUGAGUCUGCCCUUGCCAUUACUCCUCUGCCUUCUACUAUUACUUCUACAAUUAUUAUUGUCAGUCGUGGCUGUGAAACUGAUGGUUGGACAUUUGUCACGCCGUGAACUAGUAUUCGGGUUUGCCCGAUUAACCAGUACCGAAGAAGGUUCUUGUUGGGGUAGGUUAGGCUAUUCGAGUGGGUGUCACUCCCAAUGGUGAUCGGGCUGACCGCUGUACCCCAUCCCGACAAACACUGACGGUCCCAUCGCUUACGACCAAGUGAAAGUAGACAGGACUUGACUUCGUCAAACACCUCUGCAGAUAAGGGUAAUGAACGCACAAGGCGUGCAGCGUUUAUAGGCAGCAGUUGCUAUGCGACCACGUACCUAUCAUAGUUAGCGGUUUCUGCAUUCAUCGCCGAUGGCCGCACUUGGUGUGAUACGUACUUGCCCGCCCUCUUGGUUAUUCGGGUAAUAAAUAGUCGGCCAUUUAUGAUCAGUUUGCGGCUCUGACGAUGGAUUCAAGCAGGAGUGCUAAACAUCAGGCGAAUAAAAUUCCUGUUCCAACGAUCGCAUAUUCUUCUUAUUAGUUGUUUGGGGAAAAUUGCCUUUUUGCUUGCAUCGAGAUACCUGUCGGUGCAGCUGCAUUUUCCCGAUCCGCGAUCUGUCCGGCCCUUCUGGCCAUGGUAGUUGCCGACCUGUGUACGAGACCAGCGUCAGAUUCCGAGACUCAAGGGGGCGGCGGGGGGAGGGGGAGGUCUCUUCCGUUUGUCUUCUGCCUGCGAGUGCGCGGGCGGACUUGAUCACGCAGUUACCGGACUGCGUUUUCUCGCCCCCCUCCCCCCCCCCACUCCGGUCACGGAAGUGCGUUUUGACCUUUUGGAUGCCAGUCCGAGCAUCAUCCUUUGGGGGGGGGGGAGAGUGGGGAGGAGCAACUCCACGAGCGAGACGAGACGAGCGACAAAAUCGUGCCGACCCCAAAUUCUGGCGAGCGAUCCCGUACAUCAAGAACGUCUCCGAGGCCUUUUGUCGCCUUCUUGCGCCACUUGGGUUUGGAGUUGCACACAGACCGGAGGCCACCAUAAGGCUUCAGGUGACGACACCAAAAGAGCCACUGCCACGGCAAGAAACAUCUGGAGUCGUUUACCGGAUCUGGUGCAGUCGCGGACAAAGCAACUACGUUGGAGAGACUGGAAGACUGCCCCGAACGCGAAUUGCCGAACACGCGGCAGCGGUACGGAGAAAUGACACCAACUCUCAGGUCGCGGCCCAUUCGACGAUCCGGCCGCACAUUCAAGUUCGAUGAUGCCAAAAUUCUCGCGAGAUUGGAUAAUCGCGUGAGCCGGGAGUUGUUUGAGUCAUGGUUCACGGGACAUCAGUCUAUCAACAAGUGCAACGACCUCCCCACUCCAUAUUCCGUGAUGAGGCAUAGACUGGCCAAAGUAAUUAAUCACUCGGGGAGCGUGCAGGCCGGUGAGCCAGAUGACUGAGCAAUCAUCCCGCCAGCAUCCAACACGGGCGAUGAGAUUUCAGCAAUUAACAACUUGCAUGCCGGCCACCAAGCCAUUAGCGCAUCAGCGGGCAACAAUUCGUGAUGAAGGGGGACGCGGUAAAUUUCUAUAGGUAUGCGAUGGCAUAGCGACUGCAUCCUAUAAAUACUGCAACUUCCUGUGCGCGAGUCACCCUUUUCUGCCACUGUCUCAGAUGAUGGGUUCAAAUGAGAGUCCGGAACGUCGGGCGGCUAAAGCCCUUGUUCCAAUGAUCGCUUCUUUUUCUUCUGAUCAACUAGUUCUUGGAACUCGCAUCUUCGCUUGUAGGCAGGAACUCCUGUUCUCGCUCAAAAUCUCCGUCUUAUUGGUUUCUAGGCCGCCGAGUUGGUCAUUGAGCCCUCGCAUGACGGGAACGUUAGAGCUGUCUGCCCCCGAGUGCCAAAAUCCAGAUGAAACUUCUGAGUAACGCUAAAGCCGCCCCAAUUACAUAGUCCAAAUCGUCAGACUAAAAAACCAAGUCGCCAUAUCUGAAGCAAAAGGACAAAAAUACGUCUUAUGCACCACUCAUUCGUUCAGAAUUAUCGAUUUUGCGCGAAAUUCGAUCAUCGGUAACAAAAGUGUUAUCCGCACUUCGGCUAAUGAGUCCUAUUGAUAAAUCGAGUAACUGGAGGUGAAUCUAAGCAGUAAUGUUAGUGCGCAACUUCCGAAAGCCCGCGGGCAGUAAAAGGAGGCAUAUCCUUUUGAACACAGUAUUUCGGAAACCCACUGAUUUUUUUCACCGAUGGGAGUUUAUCUUCUGUCAGUACAUCGGUCGUGCCUAACGAUGAUAAUGAUGAUUUUGCGAAGCAUUCCGUUUUAGGUGUACGCAGGAGUGCAAAUAGUCGCAACGCCAUAGCUAGAAACUGAAACCAUCGUCAAGAACAAAUUAUAUGCGAAUAAUAAACGCAACUACAGUAGGUGGGCUAACUCUUGAAAUGUCAACCGGAAUUCCGAAAUGUGCUUCCGUUUCGUUGUAAAACUAGUCAGCCUGCAACAUAAUUCUAUGAUAUUUCAGUUAACUCAGGAUGCCGGCCUUCGAAUGAACUUCUUUCCCGCUGCAUGCAAAAGCUAUACUCUGUUAAAGAUGACUACCUAAGUAGCAUGGCUUCUUCUCAUUGAUGUUCAAUACUCAUAAAGUCCGCUUAUAUUUCAUGAAAAACAUGCAUAGCAGUAUUCAUUCUUUUGCUCAUUCGGUAGAAAUUACGUCUUCUUCUAAUUUUAUACUCGAAGGAGGGACAUAACUCGAUUUUAGAAAAUGUUUUUAAUUAUGGGACUUUUAAAUACCGUAAAAUGUUUCUGCAUUUACCAUGUGGCUUGUAAAGUUAACAAUAUGGAUCAAAUCCUCUGCUAAAUUUUAUGAACCCUAUAAAGUCCUCCUUUAUUACCGUAGAGAAAUGUGUAGUUUUCCGUACGCGGACAUUACAGGGCUUGUAGUUUGGAAAACCUGAAUCCAAGUGUAACGGUAGAGCGGGUUCAAAAUUAUUCGGGAACUGGAAAAGUUUUCGAACACCGAAUUAUACCCCUCUUUCGGGUACAAGAUUGAGAGAAGGCGUACUUCUCUACCGAAUGAGCAAAAGAAUGAAAUAUAAUUGGACUUUUAGGGACAUCGAAAAUCACUGAGAAAAAUGCAUGCUACUUAAGUAGCCAUUUUUCACAGAGGAUAGUUUUUGCAUGCAGCGGGAAGGAAGUUCGUUCGAAAGCCGGCAUCCUGCCGUUGAGGACACCCCUGGUUGAUAUCGGUCGAAAAUUUGAAUGUAGGACGGACUUAUAUGGCCCCUUAAUCAGGACAUGGGAAUAGGUGAACCUAAGCAUAAACCUGGGAAGGGCAAAAUGUCCCCAUGUCCUAACCCCUACAAUAACCCCAGUAUAAGACUAAACGUUGCCCUAAUCUUGACUCUGUACUUAGCACUAGCCCCUCCCCUAAACUUGAUCUAGACUUACCUUUCGGUUGACUUGAAAUCUAGCCUUAAGCCUGCUCCUUAACCCAACCAUAAUUUUACUGGAAGUUGGCUCAAAGCCACCCGUACUCAUGUCCUGUUUAAGGAGCCAUAUAGGUCACUUCUACCAAUUUAAAAGCUCCUGUAUGUCUAGUGCAUUCUUGAAUUUUUUUCCACAGGAUUAGAUGAACUUCUAGAGCAAACACCUACUAUCAAUAUACUUUUGAACUAGUACAAAACGUUCGAAUUGGAAAAAAAGAUUUCCUGUGGUGAUUCGUAAAUCCAGGUUGAUGUUUAUCUCCUUCCCAGGGAGAGUUUUUCCAGUGUAUUUAAUGGGAAAUAGUGGACUCGAGCCUUUGGGCUUACUCGACAGAACAUCGACGACAAUGUAUCCUCCGCGUGUGUACCCGCCCUUUAAAGUCCUUUACUUUACCUAUUUGCCGUCUUCAUUCACUUGUUAGGCCCCGCCCUGUUGUUUGGAAUGCGCCGUGCACAGUUGACCAACUGACAGCAGAACGUAUUUUUAGUAACUUGAGCGGGACCCGUGUGUUAAAAAACUUCGCGAUGGGAACAUGUUGGUGCAUAUCGCGUGCACUUCAGUGUAGGAAUUAACGUCGUGAUGAAACAUUGCCGCUUUCUUUCAUGACACAAAGUCGCCCUUUACCUGAAAACGACGGUCUUGUUAACGUGUGGUCUCACGGGUAUACCCGGACGCGCGUCAGGAUUCCCGCCAAAAGUCAGACCUAGUGUGUCGUAUCCCCUGCCGAAAAUGUGCUUGUAACUACGCCGGUUGGACUGAGGGCAUGCGCGGGUCGCACAUAAACGAACAUAAGCUGACUGUGCGACGAGGUGACGAAUUACCAAUAGAAGCGAAGGGGCGAGUCCCGGGAACCAGUCGUGAAGAAGGAGACACGAUCGUUGGAACAGGUGCUUUAUUCGGCCGACGUUUCUCGAACCCAUCAUUAGAGGCAGUAGUAGAUGAUACGGGUGGUUCUUGUACAAAGGAUGCAGUCGCCAUGCUUCCGCAUAUUUGUGAAAAUGCAGGGAUUCCCCUUGCUUCAUCGGGGAUUGUUGUAGUUAGCGUGAUGACUGUUCGAAGGCCGUCACUCGCGUCGCCAAUCGUUGCAAUUUCACCACUGGCGAUAGUUCAAAAGUGGAUAAGAGAGCACAAUCCCCAGAGUCUACCCCACUCCCUCGUCCCUCUCCCAGGCAUCAAUCCACUCUCGCGAACUGACUGAACAGAUCGAUGCUUGCUGAUCCUAAUGAGAGCAUACUGGUUUAUGAGCCACGCCAUAAACCAGAGUGCACCAUCAGACCGCAAAUCUUGAAGCCCAAAGACCCGCUACCACCAACGGAACGGUCGGCGGCGGUCUACAGCAUACCAUGCCUAAAUUGCAAUGUAAGGUAUGUUAUUGAAAUGGGCAAGCGCCUCGGUACAAGAUUGCACGAAAACCAACUUGCAAUCAGCUGAAAGAACAAGCUGUCUUUGGUCUAUGGCCACAUACGAGAACUGAACCACAAUUUUGCCUUUGAGAAAGCGAGGGUAGUUGGUCGAGCCAAUGAGAAGAUGGCCAGAAUGGUGCUCGAAAGUUGGUCCUCGACUGGUACACUCAACCGAGCUAUAGAUCCACAUCCCGCCUACCAAGCACUGCGUACAAGGUUCGGAUCAGUCCGAACAGGGCCAGUAAGGCAAGCGAGCACGCGGGACCAAGAGUCAACGCUCACGGAAAAGAGCGGAAUUGGGGCAUGUGACCAAAGCCGAACACUGUCUCACCGAUGCGCCCGCGAAGCUGAAUGCUGCUCACCUGAACAGCAACGACCGAUCAGUCCACCGGCUGACGUGGGAGGGGCCAAGCGGCACGUUGAUUUGACCACAACUAAGCCGACCCUAAAGGGAAAAAAGGUCACGUAGGCCUAUCAGCGGUCAACUCCGGGGAGGUCUAAGCCAGUCAGCGGCAAACAGGCAGGUCAAAGUUCGUGCGUCCAGCACGGCUAUAAUACGAGGCAAGCGGCAAGACUGAAUAACUCAAGACCCGAAAGUGCAACAAGUACGCUACUCUGAUGAUGGAAACGAGGAAGUUUCCGAAAUGUCAGUUCGAAUACAAUAUGGUUCAUGAAUUCGCUCACUCUUCUUCUUCGGGAGAUGAUGAACGCGAUAUGUAUCACUAUAUUAAUACGAGACGACAUCGACUACGUCACGGUCCAACUUUUUCCAAAAUGAAACAAUGCUUGUUGGAUAUUUUGUUGUCACUUAAGAGUACGAAGUCAACCAGAAGACCAUGCUGUGCUUUUUUACAAAAUUCAGGGCUCCCCCUUAUCGGGGAUUGUUGCAGUUGGCGUGAUGACUGUUCGAAGGCCGCCAUUCGCGUCGUUAAUCGUUGCAAUUUCAUCACUGCUAUUAGCCGUCUUCAUUCACUUUUUAGGCCCCACCCUGUUGUUUGGAAUGCGCCGUGCACAGUUUACCAACUGACAGUGGAACGUAGUUUUAGUAACUUGAGCGGGACCCGUGUGUUAAAAAACUUCGCGACGGGAACAUGUUGGUGCAUACCGCGUGCACCUAAGUAUAGGAAUUAACGUCGUGAUGAAACAUUGCCGCUUUCUUUCGUGGCACAAAGUCGCCAAUUUUGCAGUUUUAAGCCCUUAAUACCAGAAGUCUUGCAUUUCUUUACCUGAAAACGGUGGUCUUGUAAACGUUUGGUCUCACGCGUAUGCCCAGACGCGUGUCAGGAUUCCCGCCAACAGUCAGGCCUGGUGUGUCGUAUCCCCUGCAUAAAAUGUGCUUGUAACUACGCUGGUUGGAUUGAGAGCAUGCUCGGGUUGCACAUAAACGAACAUAAGCUGACUGUGCGACGAGGUGACGAAUUACCAAUAGAAGCGAAGUGACGAGUCUCAAGAAACAGUCGUGAAGAAGGAGACACGAUCGCUAGGACAAGUUCUUUAUUCGCCCGACGCUUCUCGAACCCAUCAUUAGAGGCAAUAGUAAAUGAUACGGGUAGUUCUUGCACAAGGGACUGCAGUAUUUAUGCGAUGCAGUCGCCAUGCUCCCGCAUAUUUGUGGAAAUUCAGGGCUCCCCCCUCCCCCGCAUCAUCGGGGAUUGUUGCAGUUGGCGUGAUGACUAUUCGAAGGCCGCCAUUCGCGUCGUUAAUCGUUGCAAUUUCACCACUGGCGAUAGUUCAAAAGUGGAUAAGAGAGCACAAUCCCCAGAAUCUACCCCACGUCAUCGUCCCUCUCUCAGGCGUCAAUCCACUCUCGCGAACCGAGCGCAAGUGGUUAACAGAGCCAGACAGUCUCUCUGCGCGUACCACGCACACGAUCUGACCCUCCACACACGCCGGGGUUUCACACAAAUGGGGUGGGCGACUGCUAUCUCACGUGUGUGUGAGAGCCUGACUCUUAGUCCACCAGUCUAUCACAACGCACAAACACUGGCGGUAGGUUAAAAUUGCAUACGAGAGCACAAUCCCCAGAGUCUACCUCUCGCGGACUGAGCGCUCAGUUCGCGCACCAUUCUGUCUACGCGUGCCACACACACGACCUGGCUCCCCACACACCACGCCGGGGUUUCACACAAAUGGGGUGGGCGGCUGCUAUCUCACGUGUGUGUAAGAGCCUGAUCCCAGCGCACAAUCAUGCAGAGGGCCGACUGCGUGGCCUCAGUUGUACCGUCAUUUGGCAACCCCGACGUUUAUCGCCUCAUGGUAGUUUCAGGCACCUCGGAUUUACUAUAGUAAAGAAUGCACAUGUUCGUGUGUGGUGCAUGUGCUGAUGGGGAACUGUGUGAUGGUUUACAUUGCAGAUCUUCUUGGAGGCGCAUGUGACCAAUCAGGCCCAUGCGGCGGGUGUAUGUCUGGGCUCCUGGCUCUGAUUCGCCGUUGUUAGUGCGAUGGAUUCGCGAGUGACUGGCCAGAUCGUAGUUUGAUGAUCCUAAUUAGAACAGACUGGAAUCGGAUUCGCAUUGCUCGUGGUGGUUGGUGAGGCGUCCGGGGCAGUAGCCGUCCCCGGCGACGGUAUCUGAAUAUAGAGACUUCGAGGAAGCUAGUUUCACGCUCACCCGUAAUCUAUGUAUUUCAAGUUGCCACACACCUCGAAGGCAAUCGCACAAACAUUAUAGUACAGCGAUUUGAGUUACGCGAUAAAAGUAUAUAGCACCAAUGUGUAUAAAGCCCACUCCCGAGUUAAGUCAACUACUCGAGAAUACCUUCAGUAGGUGGUUAGGAAAAAUCACACAUUAAACCUUCCCCCGUUCCUGGGCGUUAGUUACUCCCAGGUACUGCCGUCCACUGUGAGUUAUUCCAUCAAAAAUCGUCUAUUCGGCUCAUCCUGGAGUUAUUCAUUUUGCCUAAGCAUUGCCUACCAAGAGAUCUCACUUUCACUUUACUGAAGUACUUGCUCUUUCAAUGCAGCCUCCUCUUCUUCUCUGCUCUGAUCCUAUGCAGACUGCGGGCGAUUCUGGACCGAUCAGUUCUGUCAAGGAGUUGCCACUGAUGCGCUUUCGUCUGAUGACCCUUCUGGUCAUACUUUUGUCCAUCGUGGUCAGUCAGUGCACCGAUAAGGGUAAGUUUCUGCGCGGGCGCGCGCCCACCUCUGUUCUUACAUUGAGGCACGCCUAAUGCCUACUUAUUAUUUCCCGCUGCGCCAGUGAUUAACACCCGCGCACAGAACUUGCUUACAACCGCUUCGCGCGUCUUAUCACUCAUCAGCGCGACUCAGCUCUUCUUCCGUCAUGCGGAAGAGGUUAACCAUCCGGCCGGAGAUUCGAACCUUUGGUUCGUGUCCAGACAGUCGUUCACGCUUGUUUCGCGGCUUCCACAGCUCAUCUAUGCGUUCUACUCUCCUGACGAGGAUUCUGCUUGUCCCGACCAGAGUUGGAUCCCCAGAGAUUUAGACAGGUUAACGGCUAGAGCCGGCCUAUCAUCAGAAGUACUUUGGCGUACGCUCAAAUAAGAAACUGGGUAGCCCGCUUCCUGCUUUUGUCCGUUUAAAGUCGCCUGUAUUAGGCGCACUUGAGAUGUUGACCCCGGCGAACUCGUAAAACGUCAGACCCAUUCCAUUUUCUUCUUAGAUAUUUGUAGCUAGCACAACAGCAUUCACCACCAUUUUCUUGUUUGAUGACCAGCAAUCACCCAAUAGACAAGGACGGUAACGGUGGCAAGCGUACGCAUUGGAAGCACGUGAGAGUUUCUUGCGCGUUAUCAGGCAUUUAUCGUCCUCUACGCGUACUACGCCCGAGCUGAUACCUCAACGCCUAUCACGCAGAGUUCACUUCUUCAAACCCUUCACCGUGAUGGGAGUUGCCAUGACUACCUACUGGCUAGAAACCAUUGCAGCCGGAUCUUUAUUACGGGGAACCGGGUUAUUCCGUCAGGUCACAAUAUUUCGCGCCUCUGAUUUGUUAUACUGGGAAAGAUCACUCGGCUUCGGCCUCAUCCUAUUAUUCCUCUUUUUGAGCCAGUCCAAAUUGGGAGGCAGUGACCGACGUGACAUAAAGCCUCCAACCCAGUCCUGUCACACGCUUGUUUGGCCGUCAUAUCUCUGACAUAAUAGCGCCCCCGUUUUUAGGGCCCAAAUACCGUUUGUCUCUCCGUCUUUUCGGGAAGAAUUGUCUGAUUUGGCUUUCCGUACUACAGGCGGCCUUGUGCUAAAUUCUCUUGGGCAAGGAUUAAGUAUAUGCGCGGGGUAAAAAUUUGGCUGUCUAACAAAUUCAGCAGCGUGUCAGCACUCCUGCUUUACUGGCAGACGUGUGCAUCCCAUUUAACAAUAUUUCGAGUAUUUUUUGCUGCGUGACUGCUCACCGUUCCGACCUUUCUUCGCAAAAAUGAGCUCUCCUCAUACUAAGGAAUUACGUACGGGGGGUGCAGAGCAAUGAAUCAGCACUGGCUUCUCGUGGCGAUGCAGGUCAGCGGAUGCCAUCCUGUUGACGAAAAACUCCACCGAACAACAUCUGAUUUUACAAAUAUUGUAGGCGUUUCGGCAUAGAUUCCCAUACCCCGCGCAUAUCCUUGACCCUUGCCUUACUAACUGUAACCCCUGCUCUAACCCUACCUCGCCCCGCCUAGAAUUUAGCGUAAGGCCACCUGUGGCGCGGGGUGUCCUUAUUACUGUGCCCUAUCCGGCUUUCUAAAACUUUUGAAGCACGCCAGAUGAGAUUAGGCCUUCUGCCUCUGGUAUCCACGCCGCGCUAGGACGUGAGCACAUUUAGCCCCGACGAUGGCCAAUCACGGGCGUCCACAAACUGCACUAUUACUCAAUCAACUGACCAUGUUGACACUGACUGCCUAUCACGUGACGCUUCUUCACUCCCACUCACGUCGUUAGCUCACGGACUUGCGUAGGCCUACAGCUUGCCCCUCGUCAGAGGGGGCUCUGACAGCCAACCGGCUUCUGUACAGAAUAUACUAAACUUGACCGCACGUGAGAUAUGUAGCACACUUAGGAAUUCCUUCACCUUGUUCAAUCUAGCAUAAUCUCCUCCAUUCCCAACCCGCGUCGCGGAGCUCUGACAGCCACCAGGCGUUUGCAUAGAAUAUACAAAUUCUACAGGUGUCUUUCCCCUUCGGGGCUGUGGCGCUCUGAGCACACUCUCACUGCCUGGACGCCACACUUUGAUCUGUCCCUAAUCUGCUGACACCUGGGAGUAGUCUGUUUUGUUAAAAUUACUAGGCCAUCCGCCGCCGUUGUUGACCCCCUGUUUUGUCAUAUCUGCCGUAAACACAUUUUAUGAUGAAACGUCAGUCGGUCGGAAUUGUGGUGAGUUGAUCCAGUAGCAGACCAUCAACUAGUGACUUACUCUUCGCUGUGUGAGGACCAACUUUUGGCAUAGAUCAGAGGGGAGGGGAGUUCACACCAUUUUCCUAACCCUGCGAGUUUAUUUUCGUCGAAUCUUAAACUGCGUGUCGGAGACACAGCCAACUCCUAUUUUUUUCUGAGACCGUGUUUUGGGUCUCAGUAACGGUGCCAUGCAACGCUUCAUAACACCCACGACCUCAGGGUGCCUAUAACUGUUUCACCCAUCGCACAGUCUUCUCCACCACUAGGGUUUUCCCCAUCGGGUUUCCGCCUCGCAGUUCACACAGCUCAUCAGUAGGCCCUAUUCCCACUUCGUGUUCUGCGUCCUCCGUCCGGGCUUCGAUCUCCAAGCAUCAUGAUCAGAGGCCUAGAUCGUUCAGCUGCUAGCACUCGCCUUUCAUCGGGAGCAGUGAUGCCACGUCGAAUUGCUGAGCAUUCAUCAGUCGUACCUUUUUUCCGAGACAUCCCACUCUUCCGUGGGACUGGCCUCCGGCAGGUCCUUCGAGAAACCGUCUGCAGAGCCUUGAAAGUCGGUCGCUGCGCUCUACAUCUGUGAAGCCGAACCUUGCAACACUGCGACACAUCGACGUCAAAAGUUCUUCGCGCCAAAAGUCAAAAAUUACACCCCCCCACACCCAUUUACUGGGCCUAAAAUAUGCACGUUAACAAAAAUAAACUCGGGUUCGCGCCUAUCACGGCAACAUGCAAUACUUCGCGCCCUGCCUGCUUGUCGGUUUCGUUACCUGCGCGGUGGUGAUGAAAAACCGCUGCCGUCGCUGAAGACAGGAAAACAUCCACUGAAUGCCAAUCAACGGCUCGUCUUCCAAGGUUGGGUUAGUUGCGCCACCCUGUGCACAUGAGCAGGGGGUUGGUCGGUUUCCUUUCGGAGCUCCCGAAUUCGAUCAACUUGCACUCUGUCACCCUGCCCAGGUGAUUACCCUUUUGUUGACGACGGGCCACAGGUGGCCACUUCGUUGCAUUAUUGUUUUGUGUGUUCCGCGUACGUUCCACCUCAUCUCCUGUCCGAUAUGACCCACAUAGUUACAAUACCAGUUAAGGCAUAUGAAUACAAUAGAGUGCAUCGGUUGCUCGCCUGUGUUUUUUGUUCUUAUUAAAUUAUUUCCGAUGGGCCAAGUUUGCGGCUCCGUAUUACGUGACACCUGGUCAAUCUAUAGUUCAUACUGACCUUAAGGCGAUCGUUUGUUUUGCGAUUUUCUACAUUGUAACUCGUGUUCUGCUUCUUGUCACCUUCCUCCUUGCCCAUGCGGUUAUUAGUGAUUAUUUUGAAGUAGGGUUGAGUUCAUUUAUCUCUCAAUAUUAGGACUAGUUCUCAUUUUAAACGCUAUUUGGCCCAACCUAUAACUGGCAGAGGUGCCUAAGGUAUCGGCUAUUGAGUUGGAAAUCGAAGUUUCAGGACGUUCAGGAUCGAACUGACAGUAGAAUUAUGAUGACGGUCAGCUACCCUGAACCAACUACAUCUAAACUCGCUUAUGCCGAGUUCGGCACGACGGUUGUGCAUUUCCAGCUCGGCGCACAAGCGGCCAGUAGCAAGCGCAUCCAGUAACUUGCAGUUAACAUUGUCUACAGACACAUCGUGGCUUCGUCGUAGCUCACGACUAGAUGUGCUCUUUGUGAUCGUGGGACGCGUGGCGUGCGCGCAAGAGUACUGAUGAUUGCAGGGACUUAGAGCGGGAAAGCGACGUUACCCUUACAGCAGCCGAGGAAUUAGCUAGCCCAUGCCGUUCCUCCCCCCCCCCCUUCGACUCCGUGCUGACCGGUCUUUAUUGCUCUUAGGAAAAUGAAUUGCUCACCGGAUCGGCGGACUUUUCUGGCAGACGUUUCGAAGAGCUGGGGCUGUUCUCCAUUGUCAAAGCGUCAAGUGAAAAACUCGAUCAGAAUUUUUGAAUAGACUGUCGGACUAGUUGGCCUCAGCAGUUGUCUAUCAAAUACGUUGUAAGGAUGGAGACUGCAACUACGUUGGGGGAACCGGACGGAAAUUGCAGACCCGUCAACAUGAGCACAAACUGGCAACACGGAGACUAGACCCAAACUCACAGCUUGCGGCUCACAUCGGGGAAACUGGUCACAGUUUUGCUUUUCAAGGAGCAGCCGUCUUAGGCAGUGGCACCUCAAGGACAGAGCGUCUCACACUUGAGGCUUGGUACUCUGAUGCCAACUCCAUAAACAGGCAUAUAGACCUUCCUUCGGCCUAUAAAGUCUUACGUCAUCACAUACACCGUGACGAAGACAAGACAGUCAUACGGCGCCUAAGACUACAGAGCAGACACGGCCUGUCGACCAACUCACCCAAAAGGGGGACGCGAACGCAACUAACCCCAAUUGAGGUGACGAGACACACAAUAGAGGAGGCCACCAACACUCACAAGCGACGGCCAGUAGGCCAAGGCAGCGAAAGAAGAAGAAAAAGCGAUUAGCCCAAGUCCAAAUAAUCCGGCUGUCCAUUCAAAAUCCUGAUCGAUUUUUUUCACUGGACGCUUUGAUAAUGGAGAGCAGCCCCAGCUCUUCGAAACCUCUGCCAGAAAAGUCCCCCGAUCCGGUGAGCAAUUCAUUUUCCUCAGAUUGCCGACCCAGAUCUCUUACUUUUGCUAACCUGAGUUUAUUGCUCUUCUUUGCGAACAGUGGAAGUGAUUCUCAGCUGCACUGGCAGCCUGGCCGGGGCUCUCAUUUGCUACAUUCUCCCCGCCUGUGUCUACUUGCGCACCCUCGGCGCCAGCUCUCCCAACCGCCUCCUUGCCCUCCUCCUCCUCGCCUACGGUCUCACCGUCCUUAUAACACCACUCUUCACCUUCGUCGGUGUUGACUCGCCGCUUCCCCUAGAUGCGGCCCCUUCAGAAGACGUGGGUCCCCAGCCCCAGGUACCCGACCCCGCGGUCCAACACCGCCUUUUGCAAAUCCUGCCGCGUCCGGGUCUUGCCACUCUGCCGGCCCACCCUCCUGCAUCGCGCAAUGUUUCCUCUCCUCUCCAAAUGCCUCAGUAG